UAUUUUUCGGCCGAAUAGGAAAAUGUCUGAUUAAAAGUGCAUUUUAAUGCGCGAUUUGAUGACGUAACGACAAUGGUCCGAAAAACAAAUGGCGAAUGCGUUACCAACCACAGGCCCAGUGUGGAAGUUACAUGUAGCAGAGAGGAAAACGAAAGUGCUUUUGCUAUUUGUCUGUAAGAUGUGUGUACAAUACUGUCGGUUUGUUGAACUACGUGGCUGUUGCAGCAGUUGAACUCGCAUAUUUUGCGUGUACUAUAUUUGGAUAUAAAUGCGCGCUUUUUCUUCGUGCGGCUUAGAUAUGCGCGCGACGCUGUGGAUCUGCUGGCAUAAGGACCAUUACAAAGACUUACAUGAGCUGGAAAAGGGCUGAAUCAUGUCUGUUGAUGGAGAUGUUGAUGACUGUGGGCACGAGUUUCCAGCCCAUUACAAAGUGAUGCUCGACAAACUAAAUGAGCAGCGUCAGCUGGAUCAAUUCACAGAUAUCACUCUCAUUGUGGAUGGACAUCAGUUCAGGGCUCACAAAGCUGUGUUAGCUGCCUGCAGUCAGUUUUUCCACAAAUUCUUCCAAGACUUCACUCAAGAGCCUCUAGUGGAGAUUGAGGGGGUAAGCAACACUGCCUUUCGCCACUUGAUGGAGUUCACCUACACUGCUACAUUAGCUGUAAAUGGUGAGGCUGAAAUCAGUGAUGUCUGGAGAGCUGCAGAGUACCUGCAAAUGCAGGAGGCAAUCAAAGCCUUGAGCAACAAAAGAAAUGGUACCACCUCACCACAGGCCUUGACUGGAAAGGGCAAAGCCAAGAAAAGGAAGAUAUCAGAGACCACCAAUGUGAUCACUGAGACCCUUCCUUUGGUAGAAACUGAUUCGGUUGAAAUCGAGGUCGAGGUUGGCGAGGAACAUAUUGAGGUAGAGGAAAGUGGUUUGGUGGAAGUGGUGGAUGCUGCAAGGAGUAGCACUGAACCCUCUUCAGAUGACUCCGCUUUGGCGUUGUUGGCCGACAUCACCAGCAAGUACCAACAGGGAGAGCAGACGCUUCAUGUUGUGAAAAAGCAAGAUGAAGCAGUGGUUGUGCAGGAAGAGACUGUGAUGGCUUCCAAGACACUUGAGAAUAUUGAAGUGGUGGAGGUCCAGAUUUCUCAGCUGGAUAAUCUAUUCCGUUGUGAUAAGUGUGACCGCUGUUUCAAACUCUUUUACCAUCUCAAACAGCACAUGAAGAGUCACACAACUGCCCCAGAUAGGGGUUUUGUUUGCAGGCACUGCGGGAAAGCGUACGCCCGAGAAGGAGCCCUCAAGCAGCACCUAAAUAAUUACCACUACGAGGCAGAAGAACAGUCCCGGCGGCUGAAAAAGAAAGUGCAUGUUUGUGAAUAUUGCGAUAAGCAGUUUGAUCAUUUUGGACAUUUUAAGGAGCAUUUAAGAAAGCACACAGGUGAGAAACCCUUUGAGUGCCCAGAAUGCCAUGAACGUUUUGCCAGGAACAGUACGCUGAAGUGCCACAUGUCAGCCUGUCAAAAUGGAUCUGGAGCCAAAAAAGGCAGAAAAAAACUAUAUGAAUGUCAGGUGUGUAGCAGUGUUUUUAAUAGUUGGGAGCAGUUCAAGGACCAUCUGGUCACCCACACGGGUGAGAAACCCAACCACUGCACCAUCUGUGAUCAAUGGUUCACGCAACCCAUAGACCUUGAAACUCAUCUACAAGAAUACCACGGCUUACAGCAAAAGGUUAUUGUGACAGAGGAAGUAAUGAUUGCAGACCCAACCACAGUCUUAACCAUGGCAGAGGUGGAGGACGGAGAGGAAAGGGUUAUUCUGGAGGACGGAAUGAGGGUGGAACAUGUUACCGUUGAACCAGUGGAUGUUGUUGCUGUCGAGGAGACUCUUGUGGUGGAAGAAGAAACAACAACGUUACAACCUUCUCAGUCGGUGGGUGAGGUGGAAGAGACUGUGGUUUUACAAGUAGACGAUGAGAGAUUGAAAGAACAAGCAAUGGAAAUACACAUAGAACAGGUGACUGUAGUCGACCCAGCAGAGACUGAGGUUCAACAAGAGGUUGUGGACAAUUUGAAAGAAAAAAAUGAAAUUGCAAAUGUAUGAAAAACACCAACUGUGCAUUGAUACUUGAACCAAACCUGAUCUGUUUUUCCACCCUUAUAUAAUUAUGCCAUAAUAAAUGUAGAAAUGCA